AUGUCACAUGCCAUUCAUGCAGGACGACCUUUGGAAGCCAAGACUCCCAGCACCACCACCCCACGUGAUGGAUACGAAUGUGUCCAUUGCGGCUUGUUUUCACAUGACUUCGAGACCAUCCAUGCCAUGCCAUGUGAGAGGAGCAAGGAAUCCCUUGAAACGGAGUUGCAGAAACAAAUGGCAAAACUGAAAAGGUUGAAACAGCUUCGUACUCUCGAGUCAGACUUGUUGGCCAAAGCCUCCACUCCCGGCACCACUCCCAAAGCUGAAAAUCCAAAGGGUUCAAAGCAAGGACAAGCCGAAAGCAGCAAAGAGAUCGCAAAGGAGAUCUUUCCACCUACCCCAAAAGACUAUGGGUUAGGAUUCUUUGUGGGCUACAAACAGGAUUGGGCCCGAGAGUUUUUGGCAAAAGUCAAGGGUUCAGGAAUGGAUAAAGCGAUGGAGCACUGCAUCGUCUACGGGAAAGCGGGGAAAGAAUUCCUUUUUUCACCUCGAGGAUUAGUUGGCAAUCCUGACAAGGAUGAUUUUCCCAUUCGUGUGAUCUUCAAACCUCAUGCUUCCCAAAGAAACUUCCAAACUACUGGGGAAACCGUGCCUCCAUCCGAAGCUGAGAUGGACAAGAUUGCAGAAGAUAUCAAGGAGAAACUGUUGCCAAUGCUGGCCACUGAAGAGAAAGCUGAGGUGAAGCCAUCGGCAUCAGCUCAGCGUGGAGAAAGCAUCCUUCGUGUGCCUGCCCCUCCGGUUCAAAAGGACCCAGACUCGCCCGAUGUCAUUGUGACCUCCGAAACUGGUGAGAUUGAAUCCCCUCAUGAACGUUCAGGGGCUUUUUUCCCUGAUGGUCAGCCAUAUGAAUUCUUCGAAGACAGUCAGCCUGAUGAGGGUGAGCCUUGUGCAACAUUGUCCAGUCCUCCCAGCCCAAUCCCCGCAACAGCUCCUAGUGGGGGUUCCUGCCAAGUGGGUGGGAAGCAGGAUGAGGUUUUGGGUGAGGAAGAAGAACAGGAAAAGAAGCCUUCCGAUUCUGACUUGGCCUACCCCGACCACAUUGUGGCUGCAGGUGUUGAUCCCCGGCCCGAUCCAUGUGCCAAAAACUUCAAGAUUCCAAAGAUCUACUCUGAGGGAGUUGAUGGCGCAGUAGUCUUGAGCUCUUCUUUUGGUGAUAGUCCCAAAUCCGAUGUAGCUGAUGAAAAUGGCAAAGCAGUCCCAAGCAACCAGGCCACCACUACUGAAGCUACUGGAGUUUCAAGGGGUUCUACACUAGACCCAAAAAGUGAGGAAAAGCAUGAGCCCAGUACCGCGACCUCUCCGAUGCCACCCUGUCCCAAGCCAUCAGAGGAGAAAGAACUUCAGCCUCUUCCUACUUUGCCGAAGGAGAUCACGGGCCUGGACUUCAUUGCCCCUUCAGAGCAGGUGAAACCUAAGGCAAAAGCUAAGGCUAAGGGGAAAGCGAAAGCCAAGGCGAAAGGAAGGUCCAAAACAAGCAAAAGUGCUUCUGCUCCACCGGGACGUGGAAGGGGAAGGGCAAGGGGUCGAGGUGGGCGUGGCCGUGGCCGUGCCUCCUGUCGAGAUGUUGAGGAUGGGAAUGAAGAGGAUGGGAAUGAAGAAGGUGAAUCGGAGGGUGAAAGUGUUGCUGACAAGUCGGUUUCUGAAGGCAGUGUGCCAGCACCACUGCCUGAGGAAGCCAAGAGACCCAAGCGACCCCGAGUUUCCAAGGCCAAAAAGACUGAGGAGGAAGGACCUGGUGCCCCACCGCCUGCCAAGAAGAAGAAGGUGCCUGAGCCAGGUGAGAAGGAGGAUCCACCAAAGACACGAAAGACCCGGAAACCGAAGGUAGAGACAGAUGCAGUGAAAAGCAAGCGCAAGACCAAGGAGGUGCCACAAACCGAGGCGAAGAAAGGAGAUGAAGAGGAGAAUGAGGCAAAGCCGAAAAGAAAGCGAAAGUCCGAUCCUUCCAACAUGUCCCCUGAGGAAGUUGAAUUGAAAGCCAAGCGUUCCAGGAAGAGUUCUGCCUACCAUGUUACCUACAAGAAGAACUUGGAGCAUGGAGAAGACAUUGCGCGUCAGCGAGCCAAGGAAGUGGACCUUGACCGUGGAGAGCAUGGCCUGGAUUGCAAGGGCCCGUUUGGCAGGCACCAUGCUGGAUACAACGUUUGCAGCUUUGAUGUGGACUAUUCUCAGAAAGGGAUGGAUUUCCUGGGGAAUGGUGGCUUUGCGCUCUUUCUCCUUUUGAUGGUGGCGGUGGCAAACUCCUGCAUAUUCGUGGUAGAGAAUCCGAGCCACACGGUGUACCCUGAAAAAUUUGGACGCAAGCUCCUGGACGUCUACAAGACCGCCGACUUUGAGGAGUGUCGCAGAGAUCUACGCAAAAUUUUUGCAGUAGACCCCAAAUUGACGGACAGGGAAAACUUCCAAAAAUACCCCACAGGUGAUUUGUGGUCUGACGCUAAGUUAUUGGAUGUUGUGAAGUAUGUCUACAACUAUGAAGGGCUAAGGAUCCCAGACAGCUGGGCUGAAACCAUGCAGUCCUUCAUGGAGGAAGCAACAGAAGAGCGGAUUGCGCUCCUCACCCGGCAGUUGGAGCCCGUCCCUCGAAGCCUGACGGAAGUGCCGACUCAGAAAUCAGGUGAGGUUCUUCCUGGAUCUUGCAAGGACAAACCGGCUGGCCUGCUUCCAGGUGCAAACCCACCGACGAGGAGGAGCAAGCGGCCUGAGAGAGAUGUGGAACCACCAAGCAAGCAAAAGUAUGACAAAUACUACCACAGGAUGGUUCGUUACUUCAAACCUCGUGCCGAUGGGACCAAGUUGUGCUCUGAUGAGGCUUUUUCCUUGUGGAAAACGGCUGAUGGACGUUCCAAGCUCAAGUCGGCCCUGAUGAACGGUGGGUCGUUCGAGGAGAUGGAGGCGCAGGUGAAAAGGUCCAUGUGCGAUCAUGCAUUUGGAUGGGCCAAGCAGAAUGGCUUGUGGCAAAUUAACCCAGUGCAUAAAGAGGAGGAAGCAUCGUUGGUAAUCGAGAGGUUGUUCCAGGUUGCAGAGAACGAGGGUGAAGAGAUGUCACAAACCGGUUCUUUCCAAGUCGAGGACCCCAACUUUGACUUCAUCGGCAGCUCGCUGUCCAUCGAGGAUCCCUCCCUGAAGGCAAUCGAGAAUGCCAGCAAAGGUGCUGGGGCCACUGAGGGGCUUGGAUCUUCUUUCAGGUUGGUGUUUCCGACCCUGCAGCAGAACCAGUCACCACUGACUAUUGUACCACAGUUCUUGGAUUGCUUAGCAAAAAAGAUGGAGCAUGCGGGAAAGGAACAGGACUGUAAACCACCGUUGCAUAAAUCAUUUCAAAGUCCGAUGGCCGACGGCAUUGGAAAGUCUGUUGGCUUGCUAUCCACGGCUUUCGAUGAUCUUUCAACACUUCAAGGGGAAGCUCUCACAGAAGAGCUGGAGAGCGGCCAUGAGAAAAUCAAGAAGAAGUUUGCGGAGAUCACAAAGCUUGACAUCGCUUUGAACAACUUGUUGGUUCGCGAAUCUGAAGCCACCGGCGAAGCAAUUGCCUCGCACAGGGACGCCCAAGGCUUCCCCGAAAUCGUCGGCAAAGCCGGCAGGGUGCUUGGCCUUCCAGGCAGGCACCGGAUGAUGAGGACAGCCCAAGUCGGGGCCUCAUUGGCCAUGACUAGUUUCUGUUGCCCACAGAAAAUGCACCCCUCUGGUUCCAGCUUAGGUGAAACCACUGGUGGUUCCGAUCUUUCGGGGUCUGAUCUUGCUGAUGAACUGAUGAUUGGAUUCGAAGAAGGAGCUGAAAGUGCCCGCAGGGUGGUGCGUCUUGCUCGGGUGGCAUCCCGCCGUAUGAAGAGAUUAGGAUACUUGGGGGAUUGGGUCUACCUUCGAAAGGCUCUGAAACUGGAAUCGGGUUUUCGUUCGACGAGGGAGUGGUGGAAGUUUGGUUCAAAUCUUCGGUCCUGGAAUGGUCAGCUUGUUGAUCCGUGGAAAACUGAUGAGCCUCCUACUCCUUUGAGAACUAUUCCUGGUGUUGAGUCUCCUUUGCUUAUCCGGACGGAUCCAGCACACACUUGGCCUAUAGGAGUGGGGAAAGAGUUUGCUGCUUCAACCAUUUUCCUGUUGUGUCACCUGGAUGUUUGGCCUGCCAACAACAUGCCAGACAAACUGCUGGGAGCAUGGGAGCACUUUCAGAGUUGGAGGCUUCAGCAGUACCCAGUUCUUGGCGGCUCUGGCAGUGAUUGCAUCGUCGUUUGCAAGUGGUUGGAAUCCGUAGUUGAUGAUCCUGCGAUGCUGCCUGCUUUCCAUGUGGAUUGGUGA